CUAUUUUCCUUCUACAAAAAGGGUUGGGUUUUGCAUCCUCCACUACUCUUCUGGGUUGGCCGAUCAAGGCUUUUCUCCACCCCUUUCUCUGUCCUUCUCUCUCGAUCGAGCAUUUUUGAGGUUGGUAAUCUACCGAGACAGGAGGAUACCACACACUCAUUGAAACAUGGCUUCUUUUCUUUGGUCUCUAUGUCUCUGCUGCUUCUUGUUCCUGGCCACUGGAACAAUGGCAGCUGCACCCAGGAAGCCAGUGAAUGUCCCAUUUUACAGGAACUAUGUGCCUACAUGGGCUUUUGAUCACAUCAAGUACUACAGUGGUGGUUCUGAGGUUCAACUCUUUCUGGAUAAAUACACCGGUACUGGAUUUCAGUCCAAGGGCUCUUAUUUGUUUGGCCACUUCAGUAUGGAUAUAAAGAUGGUUCCUGGCGAUUCGGCUGGCACAGUCACUGCUUUCUAUUUAUCUUCUCAGAGCUCAGAGCACGAUGAGAUAGACUUUGAAUUCUUGGGAAAUCGAACAGGGCAGCCCUACAUUCUGCAGACAAAUGUGUUCACAGGGGGAAAAGGAGACAGAGAACAGAGGAUCUAUCUCUGGUUCGACCCAACCAAAGCCUACCAUUCCUACUCUGUUCUAUGGAACUUGUAUCAGAUUGUGUUCUUGGUGGACGAUGUGCCGAUAAGGGUGUUCAAGAACAGCAAAGAAUUGGGAGUGAAAUUCCCGUUCAAUCAGCCGAUGAAGAUAUACUCGAGCCUGUGGAAUGCGGACGACUGGGCUACGAGGGGAGGGCUUGAGAAGACGGAUUGGUCCAAGGCACCCUUCGUUGCGACGUACAGGAGCUUCCACGUUGACGGGUGCGAGGCGUCGGUGAACGCGAACUACUGCGCCAGCCAGGGGAAGAGGUGGUGGGAUCAGAAGGAAUUCCAAGAUCUGGAUGCCCUUCAGUGGCGGAGGCUCAGGUGGGUCCGCUCCAAAUACACCAUCUACAACUACUGCACUGAUAGGGUGAGGUACCCAACCAUGUCUCCCGAAUGCACCAGAGACAGAGAUGUUUGAUGAGAUGAACGAAAACAUGAAUUUUCAGAUGAUGAUUUAUUCUCAAGGCCUUAGCUACCUUAGCUUACUACUACUGCUGCUCCAGAAACCGAUCUAUUAUUAUAAUUAAGUAGUAUUAUACCGAAAGCGUAUGUCUUCUAUAUGAUCAUCAUCAUCAUCGUCAUCGUCAUCGUCAUGGUGAAAUAUGGAAUAUGGAUUGAUUACAUUUAUAACUAGUAUCGACAUUCAUGGUUCUUAGAUUCUUGCAUAUAAGUACGCUGGAUUUCGAUCGAUUAUGUAUGUUUGUUUGUUGGUCCCUUCUUCCAGAGGGUCAGGCAAUAGUCGUUUGGUUUCGUUUGUUGUUAUAUGUAUAUAUCAAUCAAGCUGCUGUUAUAUAUC